AUGCGUGUGCGCCAGUCGAAGUGUUGGUGUCGGCGAAAUUUGUAACACCAGUUAGUGUUUUGAGCUACAGCUCAUUGCAACAUGAAUGGAGAACAUAUCAAUGGUACCAGCAUUGCCCUUUCCUCGAAUGGAGGUGAAAAGGUGGCAAUUCUGGAUGCAGGUGCACAAUAUGGCAAGGUGAUAGAUCGCAGGGUUCGUGAACUCUGUGUAUCAGCAGAGAUCUUGCCACUUGCCACACCUGCUUCUGCUCUAUGUGAAGCUGGCUACAAAGCUAUAAUCAUAUCAGGUGGACCGAAAUCUGUGUAUGCUGUGGACGCAGAGAAAUAUGAUCCAGAAAUUUUUACCUGUGGUUUACCAGUACUUGGUAUCUGCUAUGGUCUUCAGGUUAUAAAUAAGCAGUUUAAUGGAACAGUCACAAGAAAGAACACGAGGGAGGAUGGACAGUUUACCAUUCAUGUUGACUCAAACUGUCUUCUAUUUAGGGGGUUGGAGAAGGAGCAAGAGGUGCUUUUAACACAUGGUGACAGUCUAGACAUGGUGGCAGAUGGAUUCCAGGUUGUAGCAACAUCGGGAACGCUCAUCGCAGCCAUCGCUAAUGAGAAGGAUAAGAUCUACGGUGUGCAGUUCCACCCAGAGGUCGACCUAUCUGUGAAUGGUCUCGCGAUGCUGCGUAACUUCCUAUUCGACAUCGCCUUGUGCAAAGCAACGUACACGCUGCAGAGCAGAGAGCAGAGCUGCAUAGAUGAGAUUCGGUCAGUCGUCGGGAACAACAAAGUACUGAUGCUGCUUAGUGGCGGAGUAGACUCGACUGUCUGCGCUGCCCUUCUGCACAAGUGUCUCCAUGACAACCAAGUGAUUGCUGUGCACAUAGACAAUGGUUUCAUGCGCAAGAACGAGAGCGCACAGGUCGAGGAAUCGCUGAAGAAGAUUGGUCUCAACUUGCAAGUUGUGAAUGCCUGCCACCAGUUCUAUAAUGGCACGACGGCCGUGCCGACUGACCGCAAUGACCCAUGCGCGCCGAAGCGCAACACUAAGAUGCUCAAUAUGACCUGCAGCCCUGAGGACAAGCGUAAGAUCAUCGGCGACACGUUCAUGAAGGUGGCAGAAGAGGUUGUUUCCAAGUUGAAUUUGAAAGCUGAAGACGUCUACUAUGCACAAGGAACACUGCGACCAGAUUUGAUAGAGAGUGCCUCAAGUUUGGCCAGCUCUAAGGCAGAUGCUAUCAAAACACAUCACAAUGACACUGACCUAGUGCGGGAUCUGCGAGCUAAGGGAAGAGUUGUUGAACCCUUAAAGGAUUUCCACAAGGAUGAGGUUAGAUUGCUAGGAAAGGAUCUAGGGCUUCCCGAGCAGCUGGUGCAGAGGCACCCUUUCCCAGGUCCGGGUCUGGCCAUUCGGGUAAUCUGUGCUGAUGAACCUUACAUGUGUAAGGAUUUCAGCGAGACCCAAGCCCUUGUUAAGCUCAUCGUAAGCUAUGCAGAGUCUUCCAAAAAGCCACAUCUCUUGUUUACACGAAUUGAUGCAGCGCUCACUGACGAUCAAAAGAAAAUUUUGUACAAAUUGUCAUCGGAAAACGAACUUGCAUCCACCUUGCUGCCUAUCCAGUCAGUGGGAGUUCAGGGAGAUUGUAGGACAUACAGUUAUGUAGUCGGCAUUUCUAGUGACCAGCAGCCUUCUUGGGACAACCUCAUGAUGCUCGCAAAACUCUUGCCAAAGAUAUGUCACAACAUCAACAGGGUAGUAUACAUCUUUGGCGGGCGGGUGAAGGAGCCUGUGCUAGAGAUCACCCCGACCUUUCUAACAAGUGGUGUUUUGAGUACACUUCGUCAGGCGGACCACGUUGCCAUGACAGUGCUUGCCUCGCGGAAUCUCACGCGGGUCAUCAGUCAAAUGCCUGUGAUCCUCGUUCCUGUGCACUUUGACCGUGACACCACUUACCGGGUGCCGUCGUGCCAGCGCUCAGUCGUUGUGCGCACCUUCAUCACGUCUGACUUCAUGACGGGUAUACCGGCGACACCCGGCAAGCAGAUACCAAUAGAGGCUCUGGAUGAGAUGGUUGCCGAGAUACAGAAAGUCCCGAACAUAUCACGCGUGAUGUACGACCUCACUGCCAAACCGCCCGGCACGACAGAAUGGGAAUAACGAACUGACCAGCUAGUGUGCUGAUUCAUUAAAAAAGUGACACCUCUGACCAGUAAACAGUUAAUGGGUGCCCACCUAAACUUUUCUCAUCAUUUUCCAUUAUCGGAACUCGGUGUUGAGGAACAGUAUCAAUCCCUUCUAUACGUAACACAUUGUAGCCUUUAUUACGUAAUUCUUUUGAAUAAACGGUCUUCGUUUGUCAGACUGUUAGGCGGAAAUAAAGCAGCUGUCUAAUGCACUGGUUAAUUAUGUUUAGUCUCAGUAGGAAAGUAAAUGUAUGUUAAUUGCAUAUUUUCUGCCAUCAAGCACUCUGGGACAACUGGGUGGAAAAGUUGUAUGCUACUGUCUGUCCAUGCUAAAACACAUUUCGUAUACAGUGCAAUACAGCCAUGUGUGAUUUGGUGUUGGUGAGAUUUGGGCAGUUUUCCAAAAACAUGCAAUUAAGCUUUUUUUACUUGACUGAUGACAUUGUCUAAUAGCCAGGUCUCAUGUGCGCAUGAUGGGUUAAUCCUGUUGUGUGGUGGAUGUUUUGUCAUGCAACGUACUGCAGCCACAACAUGCAUAGGUAUGCAAUGCCAUGACGGUAACUGUAAAUACCUAAAAAAAAAUUAAUGCUAUUUUUGCAAUACCAGACGAGUGAAUAUAAGUUUUAGGGGACUAUCUGAAAGUAUAGACAUGACAGUUGCGUCAUUGAUUAGAAUACUUCCUCCAAGAGGAAAACCAUAAUUUGAAAUUGUUUCUGUUUCCUUUGUGAUAACGUAACAGUGAGUUGGAUAAGUGCUUGGCAGACAGUUGUUGCGUGGUGCCAUCUCUCAUUAAUUCUUGAUGGAUUUUUUUCUUUAUGAAUCUGACCGGACAUAGUAGUUGGACUAUUACUGGAAAAAUAUACGCACGGCAGUAUACAUGCUAUAUGUAGUUAUAGUCAUUUUGUAUUACCACACCAAGUAUUAAAAUGUGCAGUUUGCUCUGUCAUGUUCGCUUGCUGUUUUUUUGGCAUUUGUUGUUAGUUGGGGCAAGAUGCGAUUACUUACGGUUUACGGUUUUAGAUGUACGGUUUUCCACGAAUGUGUGCGAUUGAUAUUAGCUGGUGUCUGUGAGAUAUAGAUUAGAAAUUAAACCAGCUACGAUGGUUCAUGUGUAAAGUUCUUGCGAAUAAUGUUGAAGAUAAUAUGUUGCAAACAGCUCAUUUGGUAAUACAUAAUGACAUUUUCAUAUAAAAUAGUGGUUAUGCAUAAAAUGACCAUAUAAUACAUCAUAGUUGUACUGAAACUGAACUAUAUUUGAAAAAGUAAAAAUUAUAUUGUUUGAGAAAAAUGAAA